AGCGUAGAUAAUUUAGUAAAUAUUGAUGAAAUCACGGUGUCUUAGAGGUCAAUUCAUAUCUAUUGUUCUUAAAGGAGUGAUAUAAAGUCAGGUUGUGACUUUUAGACCUGUUUGUUAGUUUGAGUUACAAGAGGAGUAAACAACAAUCAAGAUGAUAUUUGCAAGUAUCUUCGCGUUAUGCAUGCUGCGUCAGGGUAUGGCAUAUUUGAAUGCCUAUGAUCAAGACCUAAAUUUCGCAUGUCCAAAGGAAACACAGUCUGUAAGUCAUGUAGAGAGUAUUCAUGACAACCAUAAAGAAGACAGAAUGUUCGACAUUUCCUGUUCUGACGUCACUAAUGACGUAAGCGGUGUACGUGCAUCAUGUUUUGUAACAGGUCAUCAGAAUCAAUAUGAUCAACUGCUUGCAUACGAGUGUCCAGGUAACCACUACAUUAGCGGCAUGUACAGUCAUCAUGAUAACAAAUAUGAAGACAGGAUCUGGAGAUUCAAGUGUUGUGAAAUGCAUGAUGUCCACCUAGAUGAUUGCGAUUACACUCAAUGGACAAACGCUUACGAUGGUGCGCAGAAUUUCCACGCUCCUGCUGGUAAAGUAAUGAAAGGUGUGGUGUCGAUACAUGACAAUCAUAAAGAGGACAGACAAUACAAAUAUCAAUUAUGCAAUGUUAUACGCGCAACACAGCCAGGAGUAGUGGGAAAGUAGUUCCAUACAUUGUUACAAAUUUGGUUAGCUAUAACUGUAUACUUAUGUAACAAUAUCAGCAAUAAAGAAACAAAUAGUU